AUGAAAAUUCAUUGGCGUGCAGCCGCGCUUCUGCUGGGGACGGCGAGGGCGAAUGAUGUUAUGCAGCUCGAGUCCCUUUACCGCGAAGGAACGACACCCGACACUGCUCCGAUUGGCGGCCGCGAAGUUUUGACCCUCGCGCAGCCUCUUCCGCAAGGCCAGCCGAUCCCACGUGCUGAAUGGUUCGUUCGAUGUUCCACAAUUAGCAGUGGCGACGAUUGCGACCAAGCCAUCGAUGACACAACCGAGACAUUCUGGAAGAGCGCGGACAGCAGUACCACACAAAGUAUUACCAUCUAUUUAGGAAUGCAGGAACGUGCCGUGAGCGGGUUGACCAUGGUACCCAGACAGGAUCAAAACGCAAGUCUUAUUUUGGAACAUCAAAUACUCCUCAGUACCGAUGGCGACAACUGGAACGAGGUCGCUUAUGGAACCUGGUGGCCAGAUCAGGCCCAGAAGCUCUCGGCUUUUCAGCCCCAAAAGGCCAACUACGUGCGACUGUCCGCCCCGGCCUCAAAUGGCAUUGCCAUUGCAGAUCUUCAGAUCUAUGAAAGCGAGUUUAUCCCUCCAAACGCAGCCCUAGGUGCUUGGGGCCCGACCAUUGAUUUACCCCUGGUUCCCGUGGCUGCAGCCGUCGAUCCGAUUUCUGGUGCGGUGGUGACUUGGUCCGCCUGGGGCCAUGAUAUCUUUACCGGCAGCCUCGGUGGUGAGACGCAGACAGCCACUUGGAAUUCCCGAGAUCAUUCCGUGACCCAGAGAGAUGUUGAAAAUACGCACCACGACAUGUUCUGUCCUGGGAUCUCGACCGACGCGGAUGGGAAGAUUGUCGUCACUGGCGGAACCGAUGCCAGCCAGACCAGUAUUUACAACACCAGUGGCGCUGCUUGGUUCGAGGGAAUGCCCAUGAAUAUCGAACGUGGCUACCAGGCAUCGACAACCCUGUCGGAUGGGCGCAUCUUUGUCAUCGGGGGCUCGUUCAGCGGCGGAGUUGGUGGUACGAACGGGGAGCGCGUCGAAACGACGAACGCGGAUAACGCCAGCGGCAAGGACGGGGAGGUCUACGAUCCAAUAUCCGACGAGUGGACCGAGAUUUCUGGCGCAAAGGCCUCAGCGAUGCUCACCGACGACAACCGAACCUACCGGCAGGAUAACCAUGGCUGGUUAUUCGCUUGGACCAACGGCUCGGUGUUCCAGGCGGGCCCCAGCAAAGCAAUGAACUGGUACGGCACGGCAGACAGUGGCAGCACCACUCCUGCCGGAAGCCGCACAGGGGAUGAAGACGCCAUGUGCGGCAACGCGGUCAUGUAUGACACGGGCAAGAUUCUCACCUUUGGUGGAUCUCCCUGGUACGAAACGCGCAAUGCGACCACAAAUGCUGCCAUCAUCACAAUUGACAAACCCGACCAGAACCCAUCUGUCCAGCAGGCGGGGAAUGGAAUGUUCUACCAGCGCACCUUCCAUUCGUCCGUCGUUCUUCCAGACGGCUCAGUGUUUGUUCAUGGCGGCCAGGAUGUUGGACUUCCUUUCAAUGAGAGUGGGGCUCAUCUGACUCCAGAGCGCUUCAUUCCCAAUGCCACAGAUCCUCAGGGAGGCACCUGGAUCGAGCAGCAGAAGAACAGUGUUGUCCGUGUCUAUCACAGCCUCGCACUGCUGCUUCAGGAUGGCACGGUAUUUACAGGCGGCGGUGGCCUGUGCGGAAAUUGCUCUGCCAACCACUUUGACGGCCAAAUCUACACGCCGCCUUACCUGCUGAAGGCCGAUGGAACUCCUCAGACAGCACGUCCUGUGAUCAAGAGCGUGACGCAAACCGCGGUCAAACCGGGCGAUACUGUCGAGGUCACCACUGAGGAUGCCGUCGACACGCAAGCGUCGAUAAUCCGCUACGGGUCCGCGACACACACGGUGAACACUGACCAGCGACGCAUUGGCGUUCAAUUGAGUACAAAUGGGUCUAACCAAUACACGUUCCAAAUUCCUGAUCAAGCAGGCAUUGCCCAACCCGGGUACUAUAUGCUCUUUGUCCUCAAGGAUGGAGUCCCUAGUCAUUCAGUGAAUGUUCAUGUGUCUCCUUAA